AUGAUUCCUGAGAAGGUGUUCAUCCGGAAGAAGAUUCGUAUGCACAAUGGACCUCCCACAUACGGAAAUAGAAGGUAUUAUUUCAACUCGGGUGCUACAUUUAACUUACUGAAAGAUGAUGCAACUUUAUGUAACUGGGCUAAAUGUUUCUAUACUAAUAGAUUGAUGGACAUACACAUUGAUCUAAUGGAUGAAGGUCAAUUUGUGCCUACUUCUAAGUAUGAUGAAGGUGGUUGGGUAGAAUUGGAGAAAAAUAAUGAGAGUGAAGCAGAGAGCAGUGAAACAAGUGAGAGCAGUGAAACAAGUGAGAGUGAAAAGACAGAUAAUGAGGGUUGUGAAAAAAAUGAAGGCAAGGGUAGUGAAAAAAAUGAAGGCAAGGGUGCUGAGGUACCUGAUAGGGGUGAUGAUGGGUGUGAUAGUGAUGGGGGUGAUAGUGAUGGGGGUGAUGAGGGUAGUGAAACUAUAGACAGUGACUUUGAUCUUAGAUCAGAAAGUAGUUGUGGGAGGGAUGAUGCAGACUUUGAUCACAAUGUAGACAAAUCUGUGGAGUCUGAAAUUGAAUCUGAGUCUGAUAGUAUGGCUUACAUGAAUGACAAGUGUCCAUAA